AUGGAGGAAUCCUCCAGUUGGUCUGAGGCCAGAAGCAGCUGUGAGAAGCGAGGAGGCGAGCUCCUGAAGCUGAUCAACAGCCCCGUCAGAACCUUCCUGAACGACAUCAGCAGAGAGAGAGACACUGGAAACCUCACUUGGUGGCUCGGAGAAGGAUUCAGAGGGGAUGGCCAGGAACCCAGCACAAUUCGCCGACCUGCACCAAGCACAGCGAGUUCAGUCGUGUCCAGUCAUGCAACCAGAUCUCGGCUCAAAAGGGAUGUGAACGACAUGGCUCUGCACAUCUCCGACAUCGACAAGCUCCUCGAGGAAGCAGACAAAGAGCUGCUGCGGAUGGAAACCACUCCUGGAGAGCCAACAAACAACAACAGGGACAAAUUUAUUCAGCAUUUGUUGGCAGGCACUCAAGCCCUGACUCCACAGUUUGCUUUACAACACAAUGACACCAUCCUCCAUAUUUACAACUGCAGCUCUGCAAUCCUGCUCCUCUCAAUGACAAAGUGCGAUGUUGAUACCAACCCGAACCCUGAGUCUUUGUUUGAGGAUAUCUUUGAGAUUUAUCGGGUCAUUUCUGUCCUGAUGGGUUCAACAGAGACCGUUUUCCAGCACCCAACAGGCACCAUUUAUCAGAACAGCUUCAAACCAGAUGAACUCAGCAACCAAGUGCUAGGUUCAGAGAAACAGGGUCACGUGAAGCUGCCUUCGCUUGACGCGGUGCUUUCACAUCUUGGAAUAUCGCAACCCAUCACCACUCAGUUUGCUACGUUCUCGGUGAACCCUCAUCCGUCUGAUGAAAACAUAUCAGGAACUGUCUGCAGCCUGAUGCUCAGCAAUGGAAAGUCAGACCUGAAGAUCCAAAACUUGUCAGAGAUGUUUGAGAUCUUCCUGCCUCGUCCAAACGCUUCAGCGCUGUUAAACAGCACCGUUGUGUUGGAGAAGGACACCACAUCGGUGACUCAGCUCAACAUCACAGACCCGUACAUGACCGUGGUCCUCAGUGUGGUGCCCAGCAUCGAUGUGUCGCUGGCUCUGACCUUGGCUCACGGAUCACCUCCUGCCUCUCCUAAUGCCAGCAACGUGGCCAUCUUGAACCGGAAAGGAGGCUACCGCUUCAUGAUAACCCCAGAGAUGUUGCGUCACACUGCCGGGACCUGGUAUGUUGACGCCAGACUCUACAAUUCCACGUGGGAGCCUGGUUUGACACUGAUGAUCACUUCUUUUAUGAGCAAGUGUUUGUACUGGAACGUAACCAAAGAGACAUGGAGCACUGACGGCUGCAAGGUCGGAGACAAAAGCACCCCAGACCAGACGCAGUGUCUGUGCAACCACCUCACUCUGUUUGGGAGCUCCUUCUUCGUGAUGCCAAACUACGUAGACAUAUCUCGCACAGCCGAGCUGUUUGCCACUGUGAAUGAGAACUUCGUGGUCCUGGCGCUGCUGUGUGCUUUCUUCGGCCUCUACCUGGUCACUCUGCUGUGGGCCUGCUACGCUGACCGCAGGGCGCGCUCUAAGAGGAAGAUGACGCUGCUGGAGGACAAUCACGCUGCUGCUCAGUACAACUACCUGGUCGGUGUCCAAACCGGGCAUCGCAAGGGCGCAGGGACCUCUGCUAACGUCACAGUGAAGCUGAUUGGCGCAGAGGGAGAGAGCACCAUACACAACCUGACGGAUCCUGAGAAGCCUGUGUUUGAGCGGGGGUCGGUCGAUAUGUUUGUGUUGGCCACGCCCUUCCCACUGGGAGAAGUGCGAAACCUCAGGCUGCAGCACGACAACUCUGGAGGUCACCCGUCAUGGUACAUAAACAAGGUGACCGUUCAAGACCUCCAAACACGACAUGUGUACCACUUCUUCUGCGGCUGCUGGCUGAGCACUGAGCGAGGAGAGGCCGUGACCAAGAAAACCUUCAAUGCUGCAAAGAACAACGAGAUUGCCAGCUUCAGGAACAUCUUCCAGAGCAGAACUUCCACUGGUUUCAGGGAUGAACACAUCUGGGUGUCCAUCGUGGAUCCUCCUUCACGCAGUCCGUUCACUCGAGCCCAGAGGGUUUCCUGCUGCAUGAGCCUCCUCCUCUGCACCAUGGCCAUCAACAUCGCCUUCUGGAACAUUCCCGUAGACGCCAGCUCACCAGUGCUCUUCUCAUUAGGUUCACUGAAGAUCACUUGGCAGGAGAUCAUGGUGGGGGUGGAGAGCGGCCUCCUCAUGUUCCCCAUCAACAUCCUCAUCAUCACCAUCUUCCGAAGCAUCCGACCUCGCAUCAUUUCCAAAGCUAAAAGAGAGGACUCUGAGGAAAGCAUCAGACCCGCGGCGGUUACCGUGCCAAGUGUUCUCAAGGAUACAGAGGAGGUCGUUUCUUUAGUGUGUGGGAGUCCCAGAAACAAGAUAUCGAACACGGAGCGACUGGAGACCACGGCUGACCUGUGCCCGGCCCUGGACAAACUGCAUUCUUUCAUCCAGAAUAUGCAAGGGGAGACGGAGAGCGACCCCCACUGGGUCUACUGCAGCAAGUUCCUCCUGGCUGCCCUCAGUCACCUCCUCACAUGCCUGGAGAAACUGGAUGCCAAGAACUUCUCGAGUCCAGGGGAAUACCAGCAAAUCCUCAGCCUCACCAACCUGCUGGUUCGCAAGGCGGAGAUGGUCUUCAGCUGCCACCUGGCCUCCUGCCCGCCUCCUGUGAAGAAGAAGAAGACGAGGUCGGUGGGCUGCUGGCUGCCCUGGUGGUGCGUGUUCCUGGGCUGGUUCCUGCUGCUGUCCAUCAGUGGGAUCUCCACUUACUUCACCCUGUUGUACGGUUUUCAGUACGGCAGAGAAAAGUCCAUCAAGUGGGUCAUGUCUCUGGGCCUGUCCCUCUUCCAGAGCAUCUUCAUUCUGCAGCCUCUCAAGGUGGUCGGUAUCGCCGUGUUUUUCGCCCUGCUGCUGAGGCCUGUCGCUGUAGAGGAGAGCGAAGAAGUAGAGCAAGUGCUGCUAGAGCAACAGGACAAGUGCAGACGCUACUCUGGCAAGGACACGCUGUGAGGACGCCGCAUGGGAAGCUUCCUCCUCCGACGGGCGCAGCAGCAACCACCCGGGCUUCCUAAACACUCCUUUGCACUUACUGGAAGUUUGACUUUGUGAAUGUAGACUUGUGUAACGCGUUCUGUUGUUGUGUAUGUGUACAGAGUUCCAGCGCCUCAGAAAGCUUCUGUUUAAAGUUUGCUUCAUCUUAAGGAUGACUGCUGUGUAUAUGAAGGAGAAGCAGUCUGGGGGCCUGCUCUAAAAACACUUAGCUGUUCAUUUCAUGUCAGUUUAAAGAGGCAGUGGGGCUUUUAGAUGUCAACAAGUGUGUGACUUAUCAUGAGUUAUUUAGGUAGCAAACAUGCCCUUAAUUCAAUAAACAUAAUCAACAGGCGGUAGAACAGGAGCUUAUAUCCAAACACGUCAAACAUAUAGAAAGGCAGCCUCAUCUGCAAAGACAGACAUGUUUACGUUGUACUUCAUCAUUAAGCUGUUUGAUUUUACAUUCAUAUCGUAGAGGCUCUUCGACGACACCAAAUGUGGUGAAACACUGAAUUCUUCUUGUUUGAAACUCAUUUAUUUGUUGGCACAGAAUUAUUUGCAGAAAGACUGAUUUCAUGAGCAUCCAGAGUCGUGAAGGCCGCGGCGUGCUGCUGUGGGCGCCACACACUGGUUACACAUGAACAGACGGUGAGGAGGAGUGGGAAGGUGCUUUUAUGUCAGUUCAUAUAUGAGAGCUAACAGUUAAUUGAUUUUCGUUUCACGUGUGUCACUAUAAUACAUGCUGGAAGCGCACGUGGUGCCUCUUCAUCCUGCUUCUAUGAGCUCGGCUCUGAAUGAUUUAUGUAACGCAGCGAACUACAUUCAAGUUUGUGCUUUGAGGGGAAUUAUCUGCAGACGCUUUAAUGUCCCGUCUUAGAUCUGCUGUGCUUCUAUGUAAUCAUGAAUGACUAAUUGGUUUUGGUUUCAGUUGUAGCUUCUGUGUGUAUCAUACGUGUGCAUUUCAAUAAACAGAUCUAAAAUCUUGUAGGACUAAA